UGCUGGUCCUCCUGAGUGCCACAUUUCCAUCAGUGGUUACUCAUGAGAUAUCUGUCUUCACAUUGGAAGGAGGAUCUGCUAUGUUUGACAAAGUGCAGAGAAAUCUCAUAACAAAGUUUGAUGAAAUCACUGUUAAGUUGAGCCCAUCCCAUCCCGUAAUGAAGUUUGUCAAUAUUACAAAUCCUAGUAUUAUUGUUAUUGAGGACCCAUACAAGGACAGAUUGAUAUUCAAUACAACAACAUUCAGCCUGGAACUGAGAAAUCUGCAGAAAAACGACAGUGGACUUUAUACAUAUGAAAUUAGAUGGGAUUUCAACAUAACAAAAGUUGUGUAUAAACUCUCUGUUCUUGAGCCUGUGGCUGCUCCUGCACUGACUUCUAACUGGUCCAGCAGUAACUCUUGUGAUCUCACAGUGACAUGCAGAGGUCAUGACCUCUCUCUGACUUUCAGCUGCAACAGAAGCAGCUGUACUCAGCUGGGAGACUUCCCCAUCACUCCCACCCUGGUAGUCUUUGCCAGGGAUGGAUAUGUUGUCUGUAACCAUAGUAACCAAGUCAGCUGGCGCAACAUCACUCUGGACAUGCCAUCACUUUGUAAAUUUACCAGAGAGGAAGACUCUACACAGUGGACUGUUGGAUGGAUGACCCUAUUGACUAUUGGACUGAUCUGUGCUGGGAUUGCUGCUGUCUGUGCAGUGAUAUGGAUCUGUCGAAAGAAACUGAGGAUUACAGAGGAGGCAAGACCGAGGAGAGAGGACGGAGGCGGAAUGGGGGAUACGCGAGGAAACACAGUAUAUUACGCAGAAGUGUUUUCAGUCGGAAUUGUGCAGUCAUUUAUCCAAGAUGCAAAGAGCAAUCAAACGUCUGAACCACAACCAGAACAACCCAUCAUCUACAGCCUUCUACAGCCUCAUAGGCCUACACAACAGUUUGAUGUCCACUAAACCUCAGAUCUCCACAGAUGAGAUUUUUAUAAAAUUACUAUUCUUAUCCUGUAGAUUCUUUUACAGUUUAUAAACACUGAUGGAUGCAUGCGAAGCAUAGAGCCGGACGAUAGCUAGUUUCUCAAGCUACGCAAAGGGAUUAACCACCAAAGAACGGGAAAACUACCUGAACAAGCAACAACCAGACAUUUUGAUGCUAGUAACACGUCUAAAUCAGUGUUUGAAACUGUAGUUUCCUCUUCUUUGUCUGAAUUGGUUUAAACCGAACUGUCUACAGAGAGCCUGUUCACACCCUAUUGACUGCCAUGCUAUCGAAACUGGUUGCAGUUCACUUGUAGUUCACAGGCAGUUUAGUGAGACCCAAAUUAAUGGGAGUCUAUGGGGCUAAACGGCAAAAUAUAUUUUUUUGUACAAACUACAUUUUAUUGAAGUUUUUCGUCUUCUCAUUUUAUUGUAGUUUCCACAACUACAGAUUUUUUAUCAAAAGUUAAACAAACACCUAUUUCCUUUUGGUAUCGUUUAGGGUGACUAUUGACUGCAUGCCAGUACCUUUUCUCGGAAUGAAUGGGGUAACAUUACUUUUGGCUCCGGUAGCUAUGUGCUUGCACAAAAUGUAAACUCCCUUGAUAAAGUUUCACAUGCUGCCUCCUUAUGUUGGAAUGUGUGAAAAUUAACAAAAAUGGAAGGGAUACCUUUUUAUUUGCGAUUUCUGUAACAAUUGCUGCGUUUACAUGAGAGCUUUAAUUCCGAAUAAAACCAAGUUAAUUCGGAAUAAAAGUUAAUUCCGCUUUAAAAGAGACCAUGUAAACGCUUAUUCCGCUUGAAAAUGAUUAUUCGGAAUUAAACUUAAUGGUUGGUUUAUUCCGAUGUUAAAUCGGAAUUAACGCACUCCUUGAUCAUGUAAACCUUUAUUCCGAUUCAAAGUUUAUUCCGUUGUUUGGCGCAUGCUCAUACAAGGA